UAAUUUAACUAAAAAUUAUCUUAGUUUAAUUAUUUAAGAGAUGAAAAUCGUUAAAUUUACACAAAAAUAGUGCCAGUUUCCACGUGUUUAUAUUUUGAGGUUAAGUUUAAUCACUAGCAAUUUCAAAUAUGAGUAAAUCACCUUACAUUGGUGAUAAAGCGUUAAUUCCUCGCAUCGAAAAGUAUUUAGAAACUAACCUUGAUAAAGAAUACAUUUCAAUCACUACAAUAGCAGAUGAUCUACAAAAAAAUUACAGAGACUAUUCAAGACGUAACCGGAAUGCUUUUCGUAAAUCAGUAGAUAAAGCUUACAGUAUAGUUUUAGAAAAUCAUGGUGUUGAUAAAGAUGCAGUGAUAUCAUGUAGUGAUGCAAGCGAUACAGAAGAAAUAUUAGCUGAAGCUAAUCAAUCAAGUGAUUUAACCGAAAUGUACAAAAAUAAUGCUUUAAAAUUACAACAAUCAAAUGAUUUAAUUGAGAUUUUGAGUGAAAAAUCUGAUGAUGAUAAAAGAAAUAAAGCAAAUCAGUUCACACCAUCAAACAGAUUAAGUAAACGAGGCCAUAAAAGAAAAAUUAAUGGUGAUAAAGCUAUUGAAGGGGCUGUUAUGAAGAAGAAAGAUAUUAUUAAAAUAGAAGAAACUGCUGUUAGUUUUGAUGAUGUUGCUGGAAUGGAAAAAAUCAUUGAGGAGCUUUAUAUGUUAUUGGUGCACAUGAAACGACCAGAAAUCUACAGGCGAAUUGGCGAAUUACCACCUAGAGGGAUUUUAUUACAUGGACCAGUGGGAUGUGGGAAAACCUUACUUGCUAGUGCAAUAGCUGGGGAAUUAAAAGUACCACUAUUAAAAGUAUCAGCUCCAGAAUUAGUAGCUGGAGUAUCCGGGGAAAGUGAGGAACGAAUUCGGGAUCUUUUUAUUAAAGCAGCAGCUUCUUCACCAUGCAUAUUAUUCAUUGAUCAAAUCGACGCCAUCACUCAAAGUCGCCAAAACAGUCAAAAAGAUAUGGAAAAAAGAAUUGUGGCUCAAUUAUUAACUUGUUUUGAUGAUUUAAAUAAAAAUAAAUCAGCCGAUCAAGUAUUGGUAAUUGGAGCAACAAAUCGUCCGGAUUCUCUCGAUCCAGCUUUGAGAAGGGAAGGUCGUUUCGAUACAGAACUAUGUUUAGGUGUUCCUGAUUUCGACGCGCGAUUAAAAAUCUUAAAAACCCUCACAUCAAAAUUAAAAUUGUCCCCAGAUUUCAAUUAUGAAUUAAUAUCGAAAUUAACACCAGGAUAUGUUGGUGCUGAUUUAGUUGCUUUAAAAAAACGUGCUACUUUAAUAGCUGUGAAAAGAGUAGCAAAAAAUGAUCUUCAAGAAAUAGAUGUAAAUGAUGACAAGAAUCAGAAUAAAGAUGUUUUGACUGAAUUACGAUCGUUAUGGACCAAAAAUUUUGUUGAGAAUGAAAAUUUGACUCAGUUUAGUGAUUUGAGUGUUACAAUGGAUGAUUUUCUUAAAGCUGUUAAGUUGGUUCAACCUUCUUCAAAGAGGGAAGGUUUUGCUACAGUUCCUGAUGUAACUUGGGAUAAUGUUGGAUCUUUAUCUGAUGUAAGACAAGAGCUGCAGUUAACUAUUUUAGCUUCUAUUAGAUACACAAAAGAGUGUAAAGCGUUGGGAAUAACAGCAUCAACUGGAGUGUUAUUGUGUGGCCCUCCUGGUUGUGGUAAAACACUUCUUGCUAAAGCUAUUGCUAAUGAAGCAGGAAUUAAUUUUAUAUCUGUUAAAGGUCCAGAAUUACUUAAUAUGUAUGUUGGUGAAAGUGAAAGAGCAGUGCGCCAAUGUUUUGCAAGAGCACGAAAUUCCGCUCCUUGUGUAAUUUUUUUUGACGAAUUAGACGCUCUUUGUCCAAAAAGAUCUGAUUCAGGAGAAAAUGGCGCUGGAACUCGCGUUGUUAACCAAAUGUUAACUGAAAUGGACGGUGUAGAAGAUCGUCAAGGAGUCUACAUUUUAGCAGCUAGUAAUCGUCCCGAAAUUAUAGACCCUGCGGUUUUAAGACCGGGACGUUUAGAUAAAAUCUUAUACGUUGGUUUACCGACCGCAGCAGAUCGUUUUGAUAUUUUAAAAACUAUCACAAAAGGAGGAUCGCAACCGUUAUUAGAUUCUGAUGUAGAUUUGAACGUAAUUGGCUGUUCAAACGUUUUGGAAGGUUACACUGGCGCUGAUUUAGCAGCUUUGGUUCAUGAAGCUAGUAUUGAAGCUUUGAAAGAUAUAAUGAUUGGAGGUAAAACUGAUGGAGAUGGAAAUGCUAAAGUUUCUUUGAAACAUUUUAAACGAGCUGCGGCUAAAAUUAGACCGUCAGUAAAUGAAAGGGAUCGUAGACAUUAUGAAAAACUUAAAGAACAAUACAGUACUAAAUCCAGGCGAAAAGAUGAGGUUAAUGAAGUUGAUUUUAUUAGUGAAGUAAACUAAGUUUAAAUCUAAAUAAUAUAAUUUUAUAAUAAUUAAUAAAAAAAUAUUGAUAAUAGAAUUGUGCUUGUUUAUUACACAAAUUAAUUGAGCAAAUUCUAAUUUGGUAAAAUGAUUUUAUGAUGGCACAUUUUAUUUAGCAACAAGUUGUCAGCUUCAAGGUGUUUGUUCAACAGAAAGACGUUCAUGUUAUUAUCUGGAAGGUGCAGAUCGAAAAUCGUUGACAUGCAUCUUAGUUGGGGUGGCAGAAUUUCCUUUUUGCAUCUAGUGUGAGUUGUUCAACUUAUUUGGUUAUGAUAAAAAAUAAAAGUUUAAUCAAUUUCAUAGAGAUAUCUGUCAAUGAGCUUAAAUUAUAGGCUUUUAGGUUUAAUCUGAGAUAAAUGUUAUCACCCAAUUCCUAUAAAUAAGGUCAGAAUGAUUUUAUUAAAUUUUUCUCUAAUUGUUAGGUUAAGAAAAAAAUAGAGUUCAGUUAUGUAAGGAGCGGCUCCUACAGUGGGUGUGCAAUGUGUAUUCAACAAAUAGAAAUUUGUCACACAAUUAUUGAAUUUGGCCAAGAAAUAGCAAAUAAAAAAAAAUACAAAAUAAACAUAAAAUAAGACAUACCAAACAAAUAGAAUGUAUGC